AUGUUCUCCCAGGCUUACAACAAUGCAAAUUGCUUGCUUGGAAAGCCAGACCCUCAAACUGGGACCUUCUCAAUGGUGCAAGAUUUCGGCUCGCUUGAUGCAAAUUCAGGACUAGGUCCUAGCUAUCAAUUCUCAAUAGGAUUCAGCACACUUGCUACACUCAAUGGUGGGAACAGCACAGGGAUGGGCUGUGGAUUUGCUCUCAAAUGUGGCAGCUACAGUGCCAGUUCAGGCACCAUUACACUCAAUGGUGGAGAUUCGUACAAAGUCCUUUUUGCAGGGUCUGGCAAAUGGGUCCUUAGCCACAAAGCACAAGAUAUCACUGUCGAAGGAAAUGGUGUGAAUGAGGCUUACAUUUAUCAUAAGAACGGCGAUGUUGAGUACUUAAAGUCUGACUUUGACACAGGCAAUACUGAUAUGUAUCUCUCCCGCUAUACAAAAGCUGAUGGUCGAUACCUUGAUUUCUUUUAUAUGUACCAGACUAGCUACUACCGUUUAGUUGAAGUUAGGGACAGUGACAAUCAACUCGCUACCAUUACUUAUGAUGAUAAUAAUAACAUGACUAAAGUCACUGUCUAUCCAUCGUCCUCAACCGAAAAGCAGGAAUACACUCUCAAUUUCAAUGCUGAUGGUACACUGUGGGCCCUUGAGACACCUACAGGCACUAUCAAUAUUGAAUACAAACCAAUCCAGGAGUACAAAUCAGGCCUUUUCAUGUACCCAAUCUCUAAAAUCACAUACCCCACUGGUGCCAUCGAAGAAGCAGAGUAUGUUGAUAAUGCAAUGGCAUUGCCUCCAGAUGCUCAAAUCGGUUUUAUGCCUGCGCUCUCGUACUACACAAAAACCCUUGCAAGCAAUCAGCCAGCUAUUACAACAAAUUACACUUAUGAUCCUGACUUCAACUACUGGGGGAACAACUCUGGUAUGAGCUGGACUGAUAAUUAUGACGGGCUCUUUAAUUUAACAUGGGCGUAUCGUUACUCAUCAACAGCUACCUGUGGAUCCAAGAAGACCGUUACUACUUACAACAAGUUUCAUCAGACCGUUGAAACCGUUGAGACUAAUGGGAAUGAGAAUGUCACCAAGACAACCACUUAUGGUUACUAUUGCGAUGAGGAUGCUGUACUGGAUGACCAGGAGACCCGGUACGAGUUGCAAAAAUCAAAGACAUUGGUAGUCCAGGAUGCAACGGGAAAAACAAAGACAUUCACCCAAACAACAGAUUACGAUGAAUAUGCCAAUCUUUGUUGUCAAGUGGAACCAAACGAAACCAGUACAGUCUAUGAGUACUAUGAUGCAGGAGGGGAAGAUGGUUGUCCAGCCAGUCCAAAAGGAUUGGUAGGUUUUAAGAAAUCUGAGACCAUGAAACCCAAUGAUGGCACUGCGGGUAAAACAAAAACCUACAGAUACAAGGUAAUCACAGCAGUUGAUGGUGACACUAGCAGAUGCAUUGUAACCGAUACAAUGAGCUGCAAUGGCAACACGUUUGCUGUUACUUACUAUGAUAGCAGCAACCCCAAGGCCCAAUGUCAGCCAAAGAGUCAAACCAUCACUAUUGGUGGGAAAGCAUCAACAAAGCAAUUUGAGUAUACAUUUGAUGCAAAUGGCUACACCAUAAAGGAGACCAUGACAGGAUAUGAUGGCAAUUCCUACAGCAAUUCCUCUACCUUAUCACUAUUCAGUGGUAAGACAAUGCAAGAAGUAGAUCGCACGGGCCUCAUUACAAAUUAUACUUACGGUUCUGAUGGGCGAGUAUCCAAGAUAGUUACCAGUGCCACGACUGAUUAUGAAAGCUAUACUGAGUAUGCCUACACGCAAAAACCCAAUGGAAACAUUGGGACACUCAUCACUCAAACAACCAGCACAGGUCAAGUCAUGAAUAUUUAUUAUGAUGGAGAUGAGAAAGAGCUCAGCACUGAGAAGCAAGACAGCGGUGGCAAUAUAAGAAAGUCAAGCGAUACAUCAUACGAUGAUCAAGGGCGAGUGGUCACAGAGACCAGUUACGAUUACAGUAUCAGUGAGCAAGAGAUUGAGAGCACUUACACUAAUAGUGUUACCAAGGUGUACGGCGAUUGGGGAGAAAUGAUUGAGGAACAGCACAAUGGAGGAGCCACUGGAAUAGAUAGGUACACUUUUGAUCCGGUUCACUUGCAGAGGAAGCAUGAGAUUUUGACGUCUAGUAAAGGUACCUCAGUGUCUGGACCUGUACUAACAACCUAUGAUCUGUUUGGGAAUGAGGCACAAAUUGAUGUACUAACCCUCUCUGGUGGUGUCUACUCUACAACUAAGAAGACAUAUGAUGGCUUUGGUUUAUUAUCUUCUAUAACAACACCAAUGUCAGCCACUGCUUCUACUAAAUAUGAUAUUUAUGAGCGUCCAAUUGAAGCUACACAUUUUGACGGUACAGUUAUAUCAAUGGAAUAUCCUGACUUCACUAUCAAGCGGCUGACGUCUUCAGUGAAGUUAGCCUCAUCUGGUUAUGUUUUGGGUCAACAUGAAUUUGAUAGUUUACUCCGUUUGACCAGUCGCACUGUUGGUGAUGUUAAGACAAAGUUCAGUUAUGAAGGUGCUUAUUCUAAACCUUCCCAGUUGGUCAAUGGGCUAGGACAAACUGUCCUGUUUGAUUAUAUACCUGCACUGGGCCUGCAGACUGCCAAAGAAGCCACUUUUUCCAAAGAAGUUGCUAUUGGAGACUUUAACGAUCCCUCGAAGGUCUCGGAGAAGACAUUCACCUAUGCCAAACCAUCCACUUCCGAGGGUUUUCUAGGUCGUCUUGUCUCUGCCUCUUCUCCUGGUAGUCAGCAUGCUGUUAAAUACACCAGCCAAGGAUUUGUUAAAUCCUCUACUCAAACAGUGGGGAGUCUCGGGAAAACCCUCACCAACUCUAAAAUUACAUUCAAAGGAAGGCCUCUCAGUUAUUCAUUUGAUAAUCGUUCUCUGGCUGUCUCGUAUGAUGAAUUUGGCCGUAUUGUUAGUGAAACAGAUGGAGAAUUUUCAGUCAAUACAGGGUAUGAUGGUGUGAGUCGUGUAAUAAGUGUAACAGUUAAGAAAAGUGGCUCUGUAGUCAGUAAGACUGUUAUGACCUAUGAUGAUUAUUCUCGUGAAGCAUCACGCACUAUCACUUGUGGGGGUAAGACAAUUGUGAUAAAUCAGGAAUAUGACUUGGAAAACAAAGUAACAAAGAGGACAACUACAAUUGAUUCUUCUUCUACCCUCACUGAAGAUUUCACAUAUGAUGUGAAAAAGAGGCUAAGCACAUACACAGCCACCACUUCAGUCAGUGCAUUGCUACCACGUAAUGAAUAUGGUAAGGCAUUCAAUUCACAGUCUUUUACAUAUGAUGAGCUGAAUAAUAUCAAGACUCUUAUCACAAAGUUUCCAAAUAAAGAUUCAGACACUGCCACUUACACGUAUGAUUCAUCUAAGAGAUUUCAAUUGAAGCAAGUAAGUCACUCACUUAUCAAAGGGAGCAAUGCUUACCCAGGUAAAGUUGCCUUCACUUAUGAUGCUGCUGGUAAUGUCCUUACAGUUGGUGACACCAGUUUGACUUAUACUAUUUCUGGUCGGAUAAGCUCCAAAGGUAGCACCUCUUAUACUUAUGAUGCUUUUGAUAGGCUCAUUCAGAGUGGUGACACUGCUCGGUACUACUAUGGCCUUAAAGUCAUUCAAGAAGUCACAGGUUCUGCUGUUAAUGAUUUCAUACUUCAUGGCAAAACUGUUGUUGCCCAAGUUUCAGAUGGAAAGGCAAAAAUAUUUGGUCUCAAUUCCCAGUCUUCUAUUGUUUCAGUGACUGAAGGCUCAACAACAGCUGCUACUACAUACGGCCCAUUUGGUACUGGGGAUAAUGGAGUACGUGUUGGUUUUAAUGGGGAAUUUAAAGAUGUUUUUGAUCCUAACUUUUAUCCACUGGGUAAUGGGACACGUAGUUUUAUGCCAAGUUUUGGCAGGUUUUCUUCAUCUGAUACAUUAUAUAUGAGCACCAGUGAGAUCAAUCCUUAUGCUUAUUGUAAUGCUGAUCCUGUGAAUGCUUUAGAUCCUAGUGGCCACAGUUUAGGAUGGAAUAUAUUUGGGAUGAUUGCUGGUAUAGCUGGUCUGGCUGGAGCAAUUUUUACAGGGGGGUCAUCACUUGUUGUAGCUGCUGGAAUUAUUGGUGGCAUUUCUGCUAUUGGUUCUGCUGCAUUGGGUUUUGCAGCAGAUGCUGAGGCUGCUAAAGGUAAUGAUGACUUAUCUGCUACUCUUGGUAAUAUUUCACUUGGCCUUGGCUUAUUUGGAGCUAUAUUAUCCUUUGGUGCUACAGCAGGGUCUGUUGGUAAAGUUGCAAAAGUACGGUCUAUGUUCAAAGGAAGAAAAGGUAAAUCAUUUAUGAAGUUUAUGGAUGACAAUGAUGCCAUCAGUUUUAAGACCAAUCACUCUAUCAAUUUUCGUUCAAAGUCUGGGACAGGUGGUUUCACUGGCUAUAAGGAGGUCAAAGUGAGCCCUGAUGGUAUAUUCAGGGGCAAAGAAAUCCCGGAAUCCAAACUAAGGGCAGGUGGAAAGGUCAGGACAACCCAAGCCCCAAUUGUUAAGGCAGACCUUUUCACAUCCUCAGGUAAUCUGAGGUCUCUUCCAAGCACUUUAAAACAAACUGGAUCUCAUAUGGACAUAAUUGAUUUCACUUGGCAAAAUGUCCCUGGCACAAUUAGCAGUUUAGUCUCUGCUUUUAGUCCAAGUAGUUCUACUGAAGAACCUACUCCAAGCAGUGAUAUGUCUGUUGAAGAGGCCCUCAUUUCUGCUUAUGGUAUUCCAACCAACUCUAAAUCAUUUUAUGAUGAUAGCAGUGAUGAGGAGGAGGACAAAGAUUGA